AAUCGCGGUACUCGUAAGGCAUAUUUAGCUGCCCAAGUAAAUACUACCUGGAAAUUGUCAGCCUGUGGUCUUCAUACAGGACUGUGCCCAACAGGAUCCCAAAACAACCUACUUGUAUCUGGCAACGGUCCGGCUUCCCAAGGCUACAACUACAUGUACUUGACUCGUUUUCCUGGCUCAGCAAGGUACUUGCGACCAAGUUGGACACCAGAGAUGGACGAAGAAUUUCUUGAUAUAGUAUACCUAGGUAAGUAAUGACUGUGGCAUUCACACUUCCUGGUUCUUCUAGUAUAAGUAUUGUUGUGUUAUCCGCACAUUUAGCGAAUAGAAUAUCUACUGUUGUUUGAUGACGAAGCGGUAGAAUGUCGGCGACGCUCAUUCCUCCAAAAAUCCUCGGCCGCGACUUUCCGUCUGUACCUACUUACUUCACUUAUUAUAAUAACUCUCGUUCGAGAAACAACAAAAUCCUCCAAAAAAAACAAAGCCCUCACCAUCUCCUUCUCGAUUCCCGACCAACGAAUCCCACAACCAUCAGCAGUCAUGAGUCCGAGACCAUCCCAUCAUCAUCGUCAUCUCUGAACCCAGGUUCGCGGUAAUACAAUCCACCACCAACACCGCCGUCAGCCCAAUUGAAUCGCCUGCGGUUAAUCAACCUCAAAACAACAAACCCAAGACCGUUACCGUGACGCCUCAAAAGAGGGAAAACAAGGAGGCGGUUUGCAACGAACGGGGGGCUUGUACCCAUACCUACCGUAGGCUCUGAGGCUGAGGCUACUUUGUACAAGUCUCCGAGUCGUGAUACGACUCGAGGACAAGCCAAGGUACCUCUUCUUCAAGAGGGUUUUGCACAAAUCGAAUGAUGUACUGCUUGCGAAGUUACCUCCCACUCCUCCUCCUACCUCUACCACUCUCUCUUUCUCCGGUCCACCUCAUCAUCUUCAUCGCCCUGACCUACUUCCUCAACCGACCUUGCAUAUACUGUUCACUUCUCCUCGUCAUCCUCUUCGCCACAUCUUGCCACUGGUCGAACCGGUGCUUCAUCAGUCUCAGCAGUAGCGGCGGCCAGUACGGCGAGGACCCUACUGCCUCUUCGAUCGCGUCGUGGUUCAUCCCGCGGCUUUACACGACGCCGCCGACCACAUCCUUCAACAACAAUGGACAGGCCGACGAUAUCUCAUCAGACAUGGGCGCGUUUCUGGCUGACGUUGCAAACAGUACCGCCACCGCGUUGUCUCAGGCGUUGAAGGAUUCUGCCUCCAACUUGGUCGACGGUGCCCGCUCAAAACUGAUCACCAAUAGUCCUGGUGGGCCCGCUUCACUGCCCGUGGACGCUGGCGUCGGUACACAAUGGCUUCGGCAACUGCUCGGCCGCUCGGAGUGGACGUUGCCUUAUGUCGAAGUAAAGAUUGCUUUAUGACGAGCUGUUAUGGGAACUAUUUGGCAUGGUGUGAUCGACGCGUGCUGUUGAGCUAGUUCGAGUCGAUCCCAAAUCAUGAACAUCUUGAUCAAAUCUUUUUAGAGUUGUACAUGAUUGAUAUUGUUUUUACUGAUCAUACUACUCUGCAAAAUAUUUCGCUAUAGUGUCAAAAUUACAGCUCGAUCGUGGGCAGAUUCCUAGCCACGACGGCUCGUCAGUCGGAAAUCGAAUCGAUAUGACGCGAACCUCCUGAUCAUAUUCCCCAAUCAUACAUGAUUCAAAACGCCAAACGCUGCGUAAAAGUCGUCAAGGUCUAGAUCGAUAGUUCCCUUUCGUAACCUUGGAUGAGUGUGUCACAGCGAGUGAGCUUCAACAAAUUCCUUUGGCAGCAUGCGCGAAUCGCACGCCUUUUCUUGGACGCAGCCAAUGCAACCCCAACAGGUCCUCCGGGAUUUCGGUAAUGCUGAUGCUCAUCUCGGGAAGUGAGUCGGUCCCCGCGAUCAUUGAAUCGGCCAGUCGUCCUCUGUUAUAGACGACCAGAACACGAAAAUGGCGACUACGCUGAGUAGGGUGAAGAGCGUUUCAAACAGGGCGCCGUUGACUUUCCCAUCUGUCGGGUUGCAUAUGUGAACAGAUAUCACAUACAUGAAAAUCUGGCCAAUGGCGAAUAGGAGCGCUGCAGAGCCGAGAUAGAGCAUAGGCUUUGUCUCGCCCAGAACCCUUAGAACCAGGAUGGUCUCCAGGAGGAAGAAAAAGAACAUGAACACCAACGGCGCUAGUUGGUAAAGCACGUAGAGAGCGGUAUUGCGGUGUGAACUCGCAGCUGAUAAAGAGUCGUCCCAGUAACCGGUCCACGAGAAAGCUGUAUCAAGCGCAAUAUACCCGGUCCCCACGAACAACGCCAGUGAACUCCCAGCUAUCAAUCCUAGUGAUAAGGGCGUGCCGUCGUCGAGGAGUUGGUAUCCCACAAAAGCAUUCAUCAAUAGUAUCCAUGAUGUCGCCGUUACCGCAGCUAUGUGGAC